UAAUAAUUAUAUUGGUGACGAAAGUGCAUCAGGCUUAGGUUCUGGUUUAGCAAAUUGCAUUAAUCUCUCAAAUUUGACACUUUACCUUGGUGAUAAUUAAAUUGGUGACGAAGGUGCAUCAGGCUUAGGUUCUGGUUUAGCAAAUUGCAUUAAUCUCUCAAAUUUGACACUUGACCUUGGUAAUAAUUAAAUUGGUGCAAUGGGUGCAUCAGGCUUAGGUUCUGGUUUAGUAAAUUGCAUUAAUCUCUCAAAUUUGACACUUAACCUUCGUGGUAAUUAAAUUGGUGACGAAGGUGCAUCAGGCUUAGGUUCUGGUUUAGCAAAUUGCAUUAAUCUCUCAAAUUUGACACUUGAACUUGGUGGUAAUUAAAUUGGUGACGAAGGUGCAUCAGGCUUAGGUUCUGGUUUAGCAAAUUGCAUUAAUCUCUCAAAUUUGACCCUUGACCUUUAUGGUAAUUAAAUUGGUGACGAAGGUGCAUCAGGCUUAGGUUCUGGUUUAGCAAAUUGCAUUAAUCUCUCAAAUUUGACACUUGAACUUGGUAAUAAUUAAAUUGGUGACGAAAGUGCAUCAGGCUUAGGUUCUGGUUUAGCAAAUUGCAUUAAUCUCUCAAAUUUGACACUUAACCUUGGUAAUAAUUAAAUUGGUGCAAUGUGUGCAUCAGGCUUAGGUUCUGGUUUAGCAAAUUGCAUUAAUCUCUCAAAUUUGACACUUGGCCUUUAUGGUAAUAAAAUUGGUGACGAAGGUGCAUCAGGUUUUGGUUCUGGUUUAGCAAAUUGCAUUAAACUUUCAAAUUUGACACUUGACCUAGGUAAUAAUUAAAUUGGUGCAAUGGGUGCAUCAGGCUUAGGUUCUGGUUUAGCAAAUUGCAUUAAUCUCUCAAAUUUGACACUUGAACUUCGUGAAAAUUAAAUUGGUGACGAAGGUGCAUCAGGCUUAGGUUCUGGUUUAGCAAAUUGCAUUAAUCUCUCAAAUUUGACACUUGGCCUUCAGUAAAAACAGUUUAUUUGUUUUGGAUUGUGA